GAGAGAGAGAGAGGGAGGGAGGGAGGGAGAUCUUUGGUGUGUGGUUAUUUGUUCGGUUGUGCUCUGAGGGGAGGGGCGCGGAGCAGGACGGAAGGGAAGAGAGAGAGAGAGAGAGAGAGAGAGGAGAGGAGAGGAAAGCACAGAGUUUUUAAUCUUCUUUUCCCUCUCGUCGGAGGAAUUGAAGCUCCUCCUCUUCCUCCUCCUCCUUCUGUCCUAUGUUCUUUCCCCCUUUCUGUUAAUUCUUUUUAGUGGAUUUUUGGCCUUGCCCACCUCGUGGAAGAUUGGUUUUGUGGUCCGGGUUGGAGCUGAGCGAAGAUGAAUAUGAUGCGACGGAUCAAGAGCAUUGCGUCGGGCCGCACUUCGAUUUCAUCUGAUCCCGGUGGGGAUUCUAGCACUAAGAGGGCUAAGUUUGAUCAAGAAGCGGAGUCAAAGGUUAAUGGAGAAGCACAUUUUGUCGAUAGAGGUGCCACAGGUCUAGAGCAGCAUAUGGCUUCUACAUCACUUGACAAUGCUGCAAGCACAUCCCACGUAGCUUCAAAUGCCAAACACGGUGAUGAUCAAAUCCAUCGACGAGUUCCUGUAACAGGAAUCAAAGACGACAAAUCAUCAAUGAAUGAUGAAAAGAUGCAGGAUGCAGAACCAACCGUUGUGAGUGGAAAUGGAGCUGAAACCGGUCAAGUAAUUGCAACUACAGUGGGCGGUCGAAAUGGUCAACCCAAACAGACAAUAACAUAUUUGGCAGAACGUGUGGUUGGAAAUGGUUCCUUUGGUGUUGUAUUCCAGGCCAAGUGUCUAGAAAUGGGUGAAGCAGUUGCCAUCAAGAAGGUGCUGCAGGAUAAAAGAUACAAGAAUAGAGAACUUCAGAUUAUGCGCAUAAUGGAUCAUCCAAAUGUUGUGCAACUGAAGCACUGCUUUUUCUCAACUACUGAAAAGGAUGAGGUGUACCUCAACCUUGUACUGGAGUAUGUAUCAGAAACAGUCUACAAAGUUUCAAGGCAGUAUGUCAAAAUGAACCAACACGUGCCUAUAAUUUAUGUGCAGUUGUAUGCUUACCAGAUCUGCCGUGCACUUAAUUACUUGCAUAAUGUUGUUGGUGUGUGUCAUCGUGAUAUCAAGCCACAAAAUUUAUUGGUCAACCCUCACACUCAUCAAUUGAAAGUAUGUGACUUUGGCAGCGCUAAGAAGUUGGUACCUGGUGAGCCAAACAUUGCUUACAUAUGCUCACGGUAUUAUAGGGCCCCAGAAUUAAUUUUCGGGGCUUCAGAAUAUACUACUGCCAUCGAUAUGUGGUCUGUUGGAUGUGUCCUGGCCGAGCUUCUUCUUGGACAUCCACUAUUUCCUGGGGAGAGUGGUGUCGAUCAGCUAGUGGAAAUCAUAAAGAUUCUCGGGACACCCACUCGUGAGGAGAUCAAGUGCAUGAAUCCCAACUAUACUGAAUUCAAGUUUCCCCAGAUCAAAGCUCAUCCUUGGCACAAGGUAUUUCACAAGAGAAUGCCUUCCGAAGCAGUGGAUCUUAUUUCAAGGCUGCUUCAAUACUCACCAAACUUACGUUGCACUGCACUGGAGGCUUGCGCACAUCCAUUCUUCAAUGAUCUGAGGGACCCGAAUGCAUCCUUACCCAAUGGGCGUGCACUGCCCCCCCUCUUUGAUUUCACUGCCCAAGAAUUGGCUGGUGCAUCCACUGAGCUGCGUCACCGUCUUAUUCCCGAGCAUGCCAGGAACUGAGAGUUUGGCAGCCGAUUAUAUAUUCACCUUCGACAUCCCUUCAAAAGAUGUUUUCAGGAUUUUUUGGAUGGUGGGUUGCUUGCUAUUCAUGCAUGCAUGCCCGAUGCUUUUUGAUAUACCUGUCUGUUUCCACCUCAACCAUACCACCCAGGACAGCACGAGAAGCUGGGCCAUUUACAGUUAUGGAGUAGAUGAUGGAUAGCGGUUCCCGAAAGCCGAAGAUUACGUGGGGUUGAUCGAGGGCGUGAUAUUCGACAUUUACUUUUUACGGGGGAUUGCCCUUCUUUUUGGGUCUUUAAUUGUUUUUUUUUCAUUUUUGGGAUUAAUUAAUUAGUCACUUGUGAAAGCACUUGUGCUUGUAAACAUGUCGAGAUUUUUUCUUCUGUUACGAUCAUUUGUAAUCAAAUCUAACCCAGAUGAGAAGAUUAUUCAGUAUAUUGGAAGCUCCUUAAUCAAUAGUUUCCUGAAGUA